GGAGUGGAGGCAGGAGAGACCACGGCCGGCUCUCAUCCGUUUUCCAUUUACCAUCAUUACCAUCAUCAACAAUUGUCGGCUUGUGUUCGGAGCCUUCGAAGCGUUGCAGCAGGCCCGUAUAGAAAACGCGAAUCUGACCUCAAUCCUGCACUUACCUCGCAGGCUCGCAUCGCGCCGGUUUUUGUUCUUCCUUUCCAAACACCGCAGAACAAAUCGCGCUCCUCCUCGGUACAAGAACGAGUUUUCUUUAGUUGAUGCGUGGUGCGUGCCCUCCCGAAGUGUCCAGUGUAGUAAGCUUGUGUCGCAGCAAAACUAUUUCGUGCGAAGAUGAUUUGAAACAAUUUUCCGUGGCGAUCAGAAAUUUUGAGCAGAACAUUCUUGGAAACGACCAAUGGAUUUGGACUUUGUUUAUAGCCGCUCGGAUUACAGUUCUUAAUCUUCAGGAUGUUCCACUACAGCAACUAUGAGUUGGCGGUAGUGAUAACAGUUCCGAUAGUGACGAUCCUCCUGCUGUGGACUUUGGCGAUCUUCCACAAGAACAAGGGCAAGUGGAAGGCUUACGAUAUCACGAUCGUUGCGAUCCUCGUGGGAGCGGUAAUCCGAAAUGUAUCUGUGAUCUGCUACAUUGCCAUGCAGAAGAUCUCCCUGUUCGAGAUCCAGAAGAAUUUCGAUUGCUGCGCCGCUUUCGUGUGGCUCUUCAAUUCCACGCAUACCUUUCAAGCAAGCUGCUUGACAACUCUCGCUGUAAUAGGGUUGUUUUCGAUUAAGCUGUACAGGAAGCAGCAGAACAUGAAGCAAUACCUGACGACGACGCACGUCAUCUACCAUCUCUUCUGCUUGACGACACUCUGUGCUUGCGUCGGGGUUGCAGCAAUCCUCGCUAAAGAAGAGGAACUGUUCGAUAACCGCUGCCACUUCAUGCCGUACCAGUUGGACUUAAAAUUCAACGCCUUCAUCAUCGUCCUGCACAUAUUCCUAGCCACAAUCAGCUUCGUCGCGUUUCUCUACAUCUGCCUGAUAUACUGGAAGCUGAAGAGGGCCGGAUUCGAUUUCCUGAAGAAGUCUACGAGCGAUCUAAGCGAACUCAGCGGACCUCACAGCCACGAUAAGGGUUAUUACGACACGUACACCAUUCAACGAACCAGCGGCUUCGGAUACGACCCCCAGGCUCAGCUGAAUGGCUACAACACAAUCUGGAAGAGCGACGUGUCUAAUGUAUCGACGACGGUGAGCUCCACCAACAGCCGGAAGCCUUUGAACAAAGAUUACAGCGGUGGCGGCGAGAAGGGCGGCACCGGUUUAGAAACCAUACAUCCGGUUCUUAUUGUCUGCUACCUCUUCUAUCACCUCCCGAUAAUCAUUCUGUCGAUUUUUCCAUUGUGGAUCGCGCCUUGGUCGACUGCAACGGUUGGGCUAUGGUUGGGACUUCUUCAGGACAUCAUGAUUCCAGUAAGCUUGGGAAUUUUGGAUACUAGAUUCACUCAAUGGGUUUCCAAAGUCUACAGAUGCACUGAUACGAGAAGCGUCGAAGGGAAAUUACCUCAUGCUGGAUUGGAUGGCAAGUUUCGCCACUUUGGUUCUCAGCCUCAGAGUUUGGAAGUGGGCCAAAUGCUGCCGGAACGUUUGCCUGGUAGAUGCUAUCAGCCGACCGAGCACAAGUUUCCAAUCACGAACGGCUCUCUGUACACGAGCAUCGAAGGCCGAGUGCCCGUCAUCCACAACUACAGAAGACACAACAACGAGAACAGAGGUGCUAAAUUGGAUGGAAAUUUGUUGAAUUUGGGAAUCCACUCUUCGAACUUGAAGCGCGUCGAGCAGAAGCAGAAGACUUCCUCGUUCAGAUGCACGAAUUGCGAGAAGCCGCACAGCAACGAUCUGCAAUACAGCCCAAGCAACAAUUCCGAUUUCAUCCGCGGUUCCGUCUACAACCUGAACGUGUCCUCUCAGAGCAACCUGCUGAAGCCCUACCUACGACACGUCAGCUUGAGCCAAAACAGUCUUCGGCAAAUACCGUUGGGCUCUCCGAAAAGGGAGAACGUCCUCAGACAGACCAAGAGCUACGACAGCUUAAACGAUCUGAACAAAUUCAAAGCUGUAAACAUCGUGGAUUCCGAUGACGAGUACUUCACCGAUUCUGUGAUUUUGGAGAGGAACUUCGACACGAUGAGCACGCAAAGCUCGUAUUCCAUUACGACGGAGGCCAAUUGCGAUUUCGAAUUCUACCAGAACGAGAAGCCCGAUGAGGAUAAGGAGAGGAACAGGACGUCGAGGACGAGUUCGAAGAGCGGCUCCCUGAGCAGACACUUCAAGAUCACCAGGUCGAAUUCGAAGAGGUCCUUAGAGAAUCUGCAGGCUUAUCUGAGCGAGGAGAACGUUUUCCUGCAUCGCUCCAGCUCGGAUUCGCUUCGCAAACCGUCAUCGGUUGAGGUUUCCGUAGAAUUCGUUAACGAUCGUGAAGGCACCUUCUUGGAUUCACCAUCGAGCAAGUCGCGCCAAAUGAAGCACUUCGGUGCCGGAGGCAGCGUUCCCGAUUUGAAGAAGAUAUUUAUCUCCGAUUACAUCUAGGAUCAUUUUACCAUUAAUUUAUAAUCAUUUUGCAUUCGUAAGCGUUUAAGGUUGUACAUAGACGAGGAAACCGUUAACGUAUUCUCUAUUAAUGAAUUUAAUUGUUGCUAUUUACUACCAUAGUGAUUUACAUAUGUAUAUAUAUUUUAUUAAUAAAUUUUUAGUUUUUAUUUUUCAUUCAUUCAUUUUGUAUCGUUGCAA